GUUCUUGAGCAAAAAAGGCUGGGAGAAUAAUGGCGGCCUCGUUUCUCCCUUCUUCAACUUUCUCUUCGAUUACAGCUUCGUUUUCCUCAUCUACGAACUCAAGAAGUGGUUUUGGAUUCUACACUAGUUCGUCGUCUUUUGAAUCCCUUUCGCGUACUUCAAUCGGUUCAUCCCGUCGGCUCCAUUCAAGGAGGUUGUGUAAUGUCCAAGCAACCAUUUUGCGAGAGAAUGAGAAGAAAGUGAGCGUGGAAGAGACAUUUCAACCUAAGACUUUGUCGGGUGAAGAGAAUGGAAGGCCUAGUGAGGCCCCAAAUGAUCAACCUUCAAGUUCUGUAGGAUGGGUCAUAAAGCUUGAACAAUCCAUAAACAUCUUCCUUACGGAUUCAGUAAUCAAAGUACUCGACACAUUGUACCAUGACAGAGACUAUCCAAGAUUUUUCGUUUUGGAGACAAUAGCAAGAGUCCCAUACUUUGCUUUCAUGUCUGUUCUUCACAUGUACGAGAGUUUUGGUUGGUGGAGAAGAUCAGAGUAUCUGAAAGUCCACUUUGCUGAGAGCUGGAAUGAGAUGCAUCAUCUGCUUAUUAUGGAAGAGCUGGGGGGAAAUGCUUGGUGGUUUGAUCGGUUCCUUGCUCAACAUAUUGCCAUCUUCUAUUAUUUCAUGACAGCGUUUAUGUACACCUUGAGCCCGAGAAUGGCAUACCAUUUCUCUGAAUGUGUGGAGAGCCAUGCAUUUGAAACGUAUGACAAAUUUAUCAAGGCAAAAGGAGAUGAAUUGAAAAAACUUCCUCCAUCUAAAGUUGCUGUUAAAUACUACACAGAAGGAGAUUUGUACUUGUUUGAUGAAUUUCAAACUGCAAGACUUCCCAAUACUCGAAGGCCAAUAAUAGAAAAUUUGUAUGAUGUGUUCAUGAACAUUAGAGACGACGAAGCAGAACAUUGCAAGACAAUGAAGGCAUGCCAAACUCACGGGAACCUUCGUUCUCCCCACACGGACCUUGAAAACGUUUCUUCUGAAGAUGAUUCAGGUUGCAUUCUUCCCGAUGCAGAAUGCGAAGGUAUUGUAGAUUGUAUAAAGAAAUCCGUUACAAAUCCUACUUUGAACCAUAGGCCAUAAACACACACACACACAAAGAUGUACGUAUACACGAUGAUUAAUAGUAGCAUCCUGUUAAAUAUACAUCAUAUAUAUAUAUAUAUAUAUAGAUCUAAUAUAAGUUCUAAUCUUUCUUAGAAAAUAUGGGUUAUACAUAAGCAACUCAAUCUUGCAUUGAAUCAUUGUUACCAUGAGAGAUUUUGAACUUUUGCAAUAUACAUAUUGGGUGCUUUUCCA